AAACAAAGAAAAGGUUCCAAGGAAGAUGCUGUCUAGAGACUCCAGCCAAGAAUAUACGGACUCCACUGGAAUAGACCUACAUGAAUUUCUUGUAAACACAGUGAAAAAGAACCCAAGGGACAGAAUGAUGCUGCUAAAAUUAGAACAGGAGAUUCUGGAAUUUAUUAAUGACAACAAUAUCCAGUUCAAGAAGUUCCCUCAGAUGACCUCAUAUCACCGGAUGCUAUUACACUGGGUAACUGCCUAUUUUGGGAUGGACCACAAUGUUGAUCAAACUGGAAAAGCUGUUAUCAUCAACAAAACCAGUAACACAAGAAUCCCUGAGCAGAGGUUCUCAGAACAUAUAAAGGAUGAGAAAAAUACAGAAUUUCAACAGAGAUUCAUUCUCAAGAGAGAUGAUGCCAGUAUGGACCGAGCUGAUAACCAGACUGGCCAGAACGGAUAUCUAAAUGACAUCAGGGGGAACCGUGAGGGGCUAAGCCGCACCUCGAGCAGCCGCCAGAGCAGCACAGACAGCGAACUCAAAUCCCUGGAGCCACGGCCUUGGAGCAGCACGGACGCUGAUGGCUCUGUUCGAAGCAUGCGGCCCCCUGUAACCAAAGCCAGCAGUUUCAGCGGAAUCUCUAUCCUCACCCGGGGUGACAGCAUUGGGAACAGUAAAGCUGGCAGUGCAGGAAGGAUCUCCAGGCCAGGUAUGGCUCUAGGUGCCCCAGAAGUGUGCAACCAAGUCACCUCAUCCCAGUCUGUCUGGAGCCUUCUCCCUUGUACUGCCCAGCAACAGCAGCAGCAGGAACUUCCUGCUCUUCCACCCAUGUCUCAGCAACAGCCACCCUUGAAUAAUCACAUGAUCUCACAGGCAGAUGACCUCAGCAACCCAUUUGGACAGAUGAGCCUUAACCGCCAAGGUUCUACUGAAGCAGCUGACCCAUCCGCAGCUCUGUUCCAGCCCCCACUUAUCUCCCAGCACCCUCAGCAGACUAGCUUCAUCAUGGCGUCCACAGGACAGCCCCUCCCCGCUUCCAACUAUUCCACCUAUAGCCAUGCAACACCUACUCAGCAAGUCCUGCCACCCCAGGGCUAUAUGCAGCCUCCUCAGCAAAUCCAGGUUUCUUACUAUCCCCCUGGACAGUAUCCUAACUCCAACCAGCAAUAUCGACCUCUCUCUCACCCGGUGGCCUACAGCCCCCAACGUGGUCAACAGUUGCCUCAGCUAUCCCCACAGCCUGGUUUACAGCCCAUGAUGCCUAACCAGCAGCAGGCGGCUUACCAAGGCAUGAUAGGGGUCCAGCAACCACAGAACCAGGGCCUGCUCAGCAACCAGAGGAGUGGCAUGGGAGGCCAGAUGCAAGGCCCGCUGGUUCAGUAUACUCCACUGCCUUCUUACCAAGUCCCAGUGGGUAACGACUCGCAAAAUGUGGUCCAGCCGCCUUUCCAGCAACCCAUGAUGGUCCCUGCAAGCCAAUCUGUGCAAGGGGGUCUCCCAGCAGGAGGGGUACCAGUGUACGACAGCAUGAUCCCUGCGGCUCAGCAGAACGGUACGAGCCCUUCUGUGGGAUUUCUGCAGCCUCCCAGCUCUGAGCAGUACCAGAUGCCUCAGUCUCCCUUUCCCUGCAGCCCACCACAGAUGCCACAGCAGUUCUCAGGAGUGUCACCUUCUGGACCAGGUGUGGUGGUCAUGCAGCUGAAUGUCCCUAAUGGACCCCCGUCUCCCCAGAACCCAUCCAUGGUCCAGUGGAGUCACUGUAAAUACUACAGCAUGGACCAGCGGGGGCAGAAACCUGGAGACCUGUACAACCCUGACAGUAGCCCGCAGGCCAACACACAAAUGAGUAGCAGCCCCGUCACAUCUCCUACCCAGUCUCCAGCACCCUCUCCUGUCACCAGCCUCAGCAGUAUCUGCACAGGACUCUGUCCCCUUCCCGUCCUUACACAGUUCCCCCGGCCUGGGGGUCCAGCACAGGGUGAUGGGCGCUACUCCCCCUUGGGCCAGCCAUCACAGUACAAUCUGUCCAUCUGCCGUCCUUUGCUCCAUGGCCAGUCGACUUACACAGUGCACCAGGGACAUGGAUUGAAGCAUGGAAAGCGGAGUAAGAGACAAGCACUCAAAUCUGCCUCCACUGGCCUGGGGAUGACAGAUGUCAUCCUGGGGCGGGUGCUGGAGGUGACAGACCUUCCUGAGGGCAUCACUCGUACGGAGGCGGACAAGCUCUUCACUCAGCUCGCCAUGUCCGGCGCCAAGAUCCAGUGGCUCAAGGAUGCUCAGGGGCUGCCUGCAGGGGGCGGGGGGGACAGUGGUAAGACUGCUGAGAAUGGUCGCCAUGCAGACCUUGCUGCCUUGUACACCAUCGUGGCUGUGUUUCCCAGCCCCCUGGCUGCCCAAAAUGCCUCCCUUCGCCUCAACAACUCCGUGAGUCGCUUCAAACUUCGAGUGGCCAAAAAGAACUAUGACCUGCCCUAA